GCAGCCACACGAGCAGGUGCACUUGAAGCUUUGCAAGAGAACACCUGGGUGUACCUGGCGUAUCAUGGCAAGCAGGACCCUGCGCAGCCUUACAGUUCACAUUUCGUCAUGAGAGACGAAUAUUUGGCGCUGCUCGGUAUCAUGGAGGAAGACAUUCUGCAUGGGGAGUUUCCGUUCUUAUCCACUUGUCAUACCCCCAUUGGCGACGAGGAGACAUCCAACGAAGUCAUUCACCUCGCAGCUGGUCUCCAGUUUUCAGGGUUCAAGAGCGUUGUUGGCACGCUGUGGGAGGUCGACGAGACUGUCGCAAAACACGUCGUCGAAGCUUUCUACAAAUAUACAAGG